AUGUCGAAACCAAUUUGUAUUGUCUGCGGGACCACGGGAGCUGGAAAAUCCGAUUUGGCUGUUGAGCUAGCCAAAAAGUUUGAAACAGAAGUUAUCAAUGCGGAUUCUAUGCAAGUGUAUCGAGGGUUUGAUACAAUAACAAACAAAAUAUCUCGUGAAGAACAAAAAAAUGUCGCUCAUCAUCUCAUGUCGUUUCUAGAUUAUGAUCAAGAAUAUAGUGUUCCCAACUUUGAGAGGGACGCGAGGAGAAUCAUUCAUGGAUUGCACGCAAAAGGAAAAAUUCCGAUUUUAGUAGGUGGUACGAAUUACUAUCUGCAUUCCUUAUUGUUUGAUGACUCUACCCUUUCGUCCAUUGAUCCUCCUUUACCAGACAAAGUCAAGCAUCCCGACGAAGGAAUAUUAAGCUAUGAGAAUACAGAUUUGAUGCUUCCAUAUUUGCAAAAAGUUGAUCCAUUAAUGGCUGAGCGCUGGCAUCCUCGUGACGUACGCAAGAUCCGCAGAAGCUUGGAAAUUUACUUUCACACGGGAAAGCGACCUUCCGAUAUCUACAAAGAACAGUCGAGUUUAAGGAAAUCGAAAUUAAAGUAUAAAACGCUUCUAUUUUGGGCAAAUGCUGAAAAUGAUGUGCUGAUGCCUCGCUUGGAUGCCCGAGUAGAUAAAAUGCUGCAGCAUGGGCUUUUGGAUGAAAUACAAACCAUGAAAUCUUCUAUCGAUAAAAGUGGGUUUACACCCGAUCCUACUAGAGGAAUUUGGCAAUGUAUAGGGUUUAAAGAGUUCGAACCUUGGUUUCAUAAUUCGUCUCAGGAAACAUUUCAAGCAUGUUUAGAAAAAAUGAAGGUGUCCACAAAGCAGUAUGCCAAGUAUCAAAAGAAAUGGAUUCUAAAUCGGCUUUUACCUCUUUGCGUCUCCGAACAAAAGUUGAGGCCUUCGUCUAUUCUAUUUUCAAUUGCAAACACCACGAAUUUACAAAACUGGAACAAAGAAGUAACCCGUUCGUGCGAUAUUUUCUCCUGUUUUUUCAAUGAUCAAACACUUCCUGCUAUGUCAGAAGAAGAACACCGAGUAUCGGAAAAAGCCGAAAAAGUUCUACAAAUACAGGACAAAGAUACAAUUAGUACAAAGUUUACCUGUGAUGUUUGCUUAGAUAAAACUGGGAGAUCCUUUGUUUCCAUCGGUAAAGACGCAUGGCAAACACAUCUCCAAAGUCGAAAACACAAAAUGACGAUUCGUCGAAUGAAAGAAAGAGCCACUCGACAUGAGCGCAUCGAAGCUGCAAAGAAAGCUGCUAUGGAAAAGAAUAUGGAAAUCGAUUAG